AGCUUCUCCAGAUUUACGUCGAUGGCACUUGCGGCUGUAAACGGGGGCUGUGAUACCGAAUCGUGACAUAGGAGGAUGGCAAUGUUAAUUUGCAACUUGUCACGAAGCUAGGUACUUUGGUAAAUAUAUAAGAUGAUUCGAAAUGCCUCGACUAGGGCAAUCGAAUUUUACACGACAUCUCAGCUUCGUAAGUAAUUAAAUUCAAGAUGGUGUCUUCGAAGACUCUCCUUCCGCUACUCAUUUCGCUCGCGUCCCAUGCCAGCAAAGCGGCAACCGUCCGCCGCAGUAAUAAUACGGAGAUCAAAUGGGGACCAUGCAAACUAAACACCACACUCCCGGUGCAGUGCGCCCAACUGCCCGUCCCGCUCGACUAUACCAACAAGAAUUGUACCGACACUCUCAAUCUCGAUCUAAUCAAGUACCCGGCCCAGAAGCAGCCGAAGCGCGGUAGCAUUCUCCUCAACUUCGGCGGUCCGGGCCAAGACGGUCUAGAAAGCAUGCUUGCUUAUGCAGAGUUGAUGGGCCCGACUACUGGAGGUUACCACGAUCUCAUAAGUUGGGACCCAAGAGGAACGGGUAAAACUCUCCGGUUCUCAUGCUGGCCCGACGAUACCACGGGUUAUUACGCCGCUAUGGGAAAUAGCCUGGCUGGUGGUGCAGACUCGACAGUGGGUAAACUCUGGGCCGAAGGUAACAUCAUUGCGACCCAGUGCCACAACCAGCAGAAAGAGACCGGUCAAUAUGUCGGCAUGGCAUUCGUCGCAAGAGAUAUGAUGUCAAUCGUCGACGCUCUGAACGAAGGUGGCAUGCUUCGAUACUGGGGAAUUUCGGGCGGUACUACGCUGGGAGCUACCGUUGUCGCGAUGUUCCCCGACAGGGUAGAGAGGGUCGUUCUCGAUGGUGUGAUGAAUGCGCAUGAAUACUAUAACUCUUUCGGCGAACCUGAGAUGGUCGCAUCAACAGACGCCACUUGGGAGGAAUUCAUGCGCGGGUGUAUCGCAAUGCCCGACAACUGCUCCCUAGCAAAAAACAGGACCUACGAUGAGUUAGAAGCAGCCAUGGCCGAGCUCUUCGACACCGUCCGGAACAACCCGCCCGUAUUCAACGGUACAAUUGUGUUCGCUUACGACAUAUUCAAGGCUCACAUCUUCAACACUCUAUAUUCACCAGCGAACUGGCCCAGCCUAGCCCAGGCGCUCGAGGACGUGCUAGAGGGUAACCUGGAGACGUUUGUGAACCGGGUCUUGGCAUUAUCGAUCCCGUCUCAAGACCAGGCAAUCCUAGGAAUCCGCUGCGGCGAUAAGAAACUACGGACGAAUAAGUUGUCCGAUCUCGAACCGGUCUUUGAGCAGUAUCACAAGACCAGCAAGUGGUUCUGGGAUUGGGCCUGGGGAUACUACGUAACGCCCUGUGCGCAAUGGGGGUUUGAGGCCAAGGAGCGGUACGAGGGUGACUUCCAAGUCAAGACUAAGAACCCCGUGUUGUUCGUCGGCAACAGCUUCGACCCCGUCACUCCUCUGGUCUCGGCUAAGAACAUGAGCUUUGGCUUCGAGGGAAGCGUUCUUCUUACGCAUAACGGCCAUGGCCACUUGUCUCUCACGCAGCCAUCAAACUGCACGAAUUCCAUCAUUCAGAACUACUUCCUUGAGGGUAAACUACCUGCUCCUAGAACCGUGUGCGAGCCCAACUUCCCGCUGUUCGAUCCUGCCGCCUCAAUGUAGCAGCGGUAGGAAUAUUGCACACCAAUUAUGAUAUAUUAAUUUUGCUUUGACUCCUGGUUCUCAUAUGUGUAAAUACAUGUUUUAUCACUUAGGCAUCAUACAUGUUUAUAAAGGGGAGGCAGGUUUUGGAAUUUUGAUACACAUUUGUUUUUACUACAUCUUGAUGUAGAAGUUCACUUGUUUUAGAGGUGGUAACUAGCCUACGACUGCAACUAUAUGCUUGAUAGAAGCUUAUGUAAGUUAGGCAUAAUAUACAGUGGCUAGAAACAGGUUGUGCGUAAGAAAUAUUAAUUAGUAACCUAAUAAAGUCCAUAUAGCGUC